AUGAACAGUCGAGUUUCCUCCCGUCUCUACUCCCCAUCCACUCCUCAACUCUCCGAAUUCAAAGAUAUCUGCUCGCAAAUCACCAACCCAGAAACCUAUCCACUAGCCAACGAAGUCCAAUUCAACAUUCCUAUCUACGACCUUGCCGCCCUCGAAUCUACAGGCCUAACUGCAGACCUCAUUAACCGCCUCCAAGAUGAAUGGCACCACAUCCUCCACACAGGCCCAGGCGUCUACGUGCUACGAUCAAUGUACGCGCUGACAAAAUAUGAAACAACACUAAACGACACAAAUACCGCCUUCAACGCAAUCGUCGCUCACGAAUCCGCACAUUCAAACAGCAAGAAGGGUGACCACUUCGCCGUAGGUGGCACGAACGACCGUAUCUGGAACGCUUUCUCAAAACACGCCUUGCAAGACCCAUCCUCCUUCAUUGAUUACUACUCGAAUCCAUGGCUAGCAGCAGUCUCCGAGUCCUGGCUGGGUCCAGCAUACCGUGUCACAGCUCAAGUCAACGCUGUACACCCGGGUGGCGCUGCACAGGAAGCACACCGCGACUACCAUCUCGGGUUCCAGGAAGAAGUUGCCUGCAAGCGCUACCCGGCUACGACACAGCUGACGUCACAAUUCCUGACGCUGCAGGGUGCAGUUGCGCAUAGCGAUAUGCCCAUCGAGAGCGGGCCAACACGUUUCCUACCUUUCAGUCAGACGUACAAGCCUGGAUAUCUGGCGUGGCGCAAGCCCGAGUUCCGUGCUUUCUUCCAAGAGAAUUAUGUUGCGCUUCCAUUGAGUUUCGGAGACGGGUUAUUUUUCAAUCCAGCGCUUUUCCAUGCUGCUGGUGAGAAUCAGAUGGAUCCCAAGGAUGGGGGAUUCCGACGUGUUGCGAAUCUGCUACAAAUUAGUAGUGCGUUUGGGAAACCUAUGGAGACAGUUGAUUCGGUGCCGCUUGUUGAUGCCGCUUGGGAUUUACUUGUGGAGCGGUUCCGGUACGCUGGGGGUUUAGCGGGACAGGAACUGGAUCCUGAGAAGCAUUCGAUGGAGCAGAGGGAGAUUAGGGCUUUUGUGCAAGCUGUUGCGGAGGGAUAUCCUUUCCCUACGAACUUGGAUCAAAGGCCACCGGGGCUGGGUGGUAUGGCACCGGAAAGUGAGCAGAAUAUUGUUGUACGGGGGUUGGAGGGUGGUUGGGAUAGGAAACAGGUUGUUGCUGCGCUGGAGAAGAUGCAUGUUGACUCGCGUGCGUAA